CCGUGUACAAUUUACACUCGCUGCCAUGAAUCUGCUGCAAUCGCCGAAACUCAUUCCUAUCAGAGCCGUUUCAGGUUUGUUCAUUUCAGAUCGCUUCGGCGCUUCUUCAGCGAAAAAUCUCGAAGGCCAUGGUAUUGUUCGGAUUUUGUCAGUGUUGCAGCCCCACGAAAAGUGGCGACCCCGGAACUCUCUCGAUGCUGGCACGCAUAUGGAGGUAGAGAGAAGCCCGGGGGGUGCCAAUCUCGCAGUCAAGACAAUCGAGAUCGAUGACGAUCCCCUUGUUGAUAUUCUUCAGUACCUGGAGGAAGCCUGUGACUGGAUCGAAGCUGGGCUGGGUCGAGAAAGUGAUUGCGGAGGAUAUGUCGCUGGAAACCAGCCUCAGCCGGGUGUACUAGUCCACUGUAGGCAGGGCAUCUCCCGCUCUGGAGCUUUUGUUGUGGCAUUCUUGAUGCGCAAGUUCAAAGUUUCGUACUCGGCUGCUCUUACGCUGGCAAGAGAGUCACGUACCGAAAUUUGUCCCAACAGUGGAUUCGAAAAACAGCUUCGCGUCUGGGAAUUCUGCCAGUACAACGUCUUCCGCGAUGAUGACAAGCAAGAGGAUAAACAUAAAGUUCGUAGCAAGAAGCAGUCAUAUAAGACGUGGCUGGCCGAGCGGGAUAACCUGCUGCAAAGGGGAGAGGAGGAUGUCAACCGAGCUAGGUUUUCGAGUCUGGCGAGCAUGGCUGCGAGAUUUGGGAGGAGGAGGCAAGAGGAGGCACCAGGCGAACAAGCGAAAGGCACAAACGAGGACGAGGGGAGGAAGAAUGUAGAACAGAAGCAGCGGAAGGAGAGUUGGGAAAGGGUUCAGAAAAUGGAACAGGAUUGGAACGAGAGGUUGAUUCGAGGUCAGGUCCAUGCCGAAGGUGAUGACAUUAAAGGCCCGAAAGAGUGAUUUGAGCUGUUCCCGAACCCCCAGGACCAUGAUGAUAUUAGGCAAACACUUUGUGAACGCAC